AUGGCUCCAAAGACUCAUUUUUCCGGCAAUACAAAUAAGGAAGGUGCACCGGAGAAGAAGAACGAGUCAGUGGAGGAGAAGAAGAAACCUACGGUGGAGAAGAAGAAAGCUGCGGCGAAAAAGAAGGACUCUGCCCUAAAAAAACAAGGGGCGAAGAAGAUUCAAACCACAAAGAAGAAGAGGAAGCGAGAUAGUGGUGUAGACGGUGGGUCCUCAUCGAAUCCAAUCAAACGGAGUCGGACUGCAACUCCACCAGAACAUCAAGCCGAUCUCAAUCAUUCCCCGACACUAUCAGCGGACUCGCUUUCUCUGGAUGAUAGAGAGGCUACGCCAAGUCCAUCACUUACGAUUGAGUCACAAAAAUCACCUACUCUAAUACCCAGUGAGGCGGAUAAUUCACGGCAAGCUCCAAUAAAUUCUAACAACAGAGAGUCACGCUCACCCGAGGCUGCCAUUAACAAUGAUGUGCAAAGAACG